AUGACCAAGGAUACUAGCGAUACCACCAAUAUCAACACCACGAAGAUUAUUGACAAAGAUUCCCAACCAUCUUCAUCUUCAGUACCAGCGACCUCUAAAGGACCUGUCACUGACAGAACCAAAGUAAACUAUGUACCUAAGAGCGACGACCCAUCGUCAUUUCAAUACUACCCAGACGAUCCGGAGAAUCCGGUCAACAAGUAUAAGUUUGCUUUAAAGGCGGACAGUCAGUACUAUGACCCCUGUGAGGAGUCCUCUAAGCUUAGUUUUCAGUGCCUCGAGCGCAACGACUACGACCGCUCCAAAUGUCAAGAAUACUUUGACGCAUACCGCGAAUGCAAGAAGCAAUGGCUGACCGCCAGAAGGAAUAACAGGCAGCAAUGGGAGUGA